CAAAGCGGAAAAUGAAAACGCUGCCGUUUAAGUGAAGUGGUCUGUGGACUCUCUGUUUCUCCAAAGGAACUUCCCCUUACUCUCAGCCUGAGAUCCAACCUCGCAAGAAUUUUCCAUUCCAUUUUCCCAUCAAACAAGCAGACGAGGAAACUUAAGUCGAAUAAAAAAAUAAAAAAGAAAAUGGACAAGGUGGUGGAAGAAGUGGAGAAGACAAAGAAAGAGUGGGACGAAGCCUAUGCUAAGACCCAAGAACAUAUAAAGGAGAUCCAGGAAUAUGGGAAAUCAACAAUUGAGGAAACUAAGAACAAAAAUUCUUUGCCCAGAUUGAAUGGGUUGGCUCAGGAUGGUUUGGCUCUGCUUAAUUCAUUGCAGUUUAAUCUUGAUCUUCUCGCCCCACAGCUUCCUACCGAUGAAGAGGUUCAGUCUGCUAAAGCUUUGCUGGAAGCUUGGACAAGUCAACGCCAAAGUUUGAGAUUGAGUCUGAGGAAUGCGAAUUUGCAAGCAAAGGAUAAUAUGAGGAAAACUGCUCAGAAAGAGAGAGAACUUCUUCUGGGUGGAGGAGAAGAAUCCACUAUUCGACGUCGCAAUUUGCAGACAAAGGCUGGAAUGACAUCUGCAGCAGAAAGCAUCACAGAGAGCCUUCGCCGUACCCGUCAAUUGAUGGUUCAGGAGGUGGAAAGAAGCACAAGCACACUCAUGACUUUCGAGGAAUCAACGGGAGUAUUAAGGAAGGCUGAAAGUGAAUACAAGGGGCACCGCUCAUUGUUGAUGCGAACUCGGAAUCUACUGUCCACAAUGCAGCAUCAGGAUGUUAUUGACAGGGUGAUACUUAUUGUGGGACUUGUCUUGUUCUCUUGUGCUGUACUUUAUGUUGUUUCAAAGCGUAUUGGCAUACUUAAGUUGCAAAGGACAGUUACUGCAGUCAUAAGGGCUGGUAUGGCUGGAAAGGCAGAGGUUGCUCGCAAAGCUGUAGAAGAUGGUAUUAACCAUGCUCAAUUUCACGACCAUGUGGUUCCCAAGGUGGGAAUCCCUUUACAGCAUCCCAUGCAUGAUGAACUUUGAGAUGUAGUUUUUGUUAUAGAAACCAGAUCUUUUUUUGCUCAGCAGAAACCAGAUUGCUGUCUACAAGAUGCGUUGGGUUUGUAUUUUUCUUUUUUCUAUGAGAAAUGAAUACAGUUUAAGCAAUGUUCCAUCCAUAAAAUAUAAGAGAAUGAGUGAUGGUGCUGUGAUAGAGAAGGAGAAUCACAUAUAGGCCUUUAGAGAAACAACUGGAAUACAGCUGGAGUUAUAAUACUUGACUAUUGUUUAAGUUGGUUCAUUCAUUCUAGGCACGAAUAUUUUCACAACCCCAACACUGUCCUGGAACUCAUUUAUCAUACCAUGUUUAUGUUUAUAUAAUAGCGUGUCAAGAAUGCAUCUGGCAGCCUUUUCUCUCUUUUCGCCUUGGAUUUGAUUAUUUUGGUGAAAUAUGAAUGUCCUGAAUCACAAUUGAAGAAAGAAACUUGAAAAUGUAAAAAUCAAGAAAAAGGGU